UUGUUGGCGACGAACCUUUUUAUUUACAUUGAUUUUUUUUUUUUGUAUUAAAUCUAUUGGCCGGCUAGUAUGUUGACGCUGCGGAAUGUAGAGCAGCAACGUGCGCGUCUGCUGGCCAUCUGCCGCCGAUGCCUAUUUAUCAAGGCAGAGCCACAGGCCGUGUUAUCCCAAGGGGACUCAACAGGAGUCGCACAGUAUCCAGAAAUCAAGGAUCUAAGCUUUAAAGCUCGUAAGCAAGAAAAAGCCGCCGAAUGGCACAAUGAAAUACGCCAAGUCCCCACAAUUGAAGAGAAGAUGAUUAAAGUCAAUUUGCCACGCUACUACGGCUAUAAAGUGGUCGACUUUAAUGACACCAAAGUACCAUACAAUGCGCUGCCGCUGACGCAACACUAUACGCGCACUGUGUUGGAGGAGCUACCAGUGGCUGAGUCGGUUAUGGAUCAAUUCGUAAAAUCAGCACGUAGUGAUGCCAUUGAGGCGCUGGAAUAUGCUCACGACUACUACAAGCAACAGUUGACGCUGCUACAUAACCCACUAGAUUCAGUUACACAAGAGCGGCAACUGACGCAGAUAAUUCUGGAGCAGAUUCACCGGGUAGUGCUACAAACACUUAGUGCAGACUACGCACACUUGAAUGAGUUGGAAGUGGAUUAUAAUCCUCGCCACGAAGCAUUUUGGGCAGUGGGUGGUGUGGAUCCACCCAAGAAUGUUGUAAAGUCGAAAGAGGGCCGUGAAUGGCAAAAGGAGGAGGCAAACAACACGUAUGACCGUCUGGUACAAUUCACUGGUGAGCCCUAUUUGGCAUUGCGCCAUCGUCAGCAGUUACCUAGUUGGAAGAGUCCUGAAGAAAGCGAGAACCUGGCGCUGGCACUGCAACUGCCACGUUUUAGGCAUGACGCACGCUCUUUGGGAUAUAGCAUCAAGCAUCAGCACGCCAUCAAUGUACCCGGCUACUGGCCGAGCGGUAAUGCGGCCAAUUUUGGAUUGCUAUCGUUCCAGUCGCGCGCACAUUUGAAAUUGCGACCUAAGUCCUAUGGCGAACGUGAUGAAAUGGAAGCGCUACACGCACUAGCCAUUCAAUCAUCUUAUGCUUGGCUACUAGCUCAGGCUAACUACAAUGGUUUUAAUACCUACAAUGAACUAACCUACCCGCUCAACACGCAGACAAUCAUUACCAACGGGCGCGAGUGGAGCUUCUAUAAAUAUCAGUUGAAUACGCUGCUGGUCCAUGGUCAGAACAUUGACGAAAACCCACGUGUGAACUACUGUCGCGUGAGCGCACCACAGUUGCUUUAUGGUGAAAUUAAUGAAGCUGGCAAAUGCGUGGAUUUUAAUGAGCAAACUUUACGUCAGCUGUUUAGCUUUUACGCAAAUGUGCCUUGCGUUAAGCGCAGCUCCGAGGAGCUGCAGCCCUAUGUGGGUGGUCCCACGCUUCGUCGUGCUGCUGAUUACGAUAAUGCAGAGCAGCGCGAAUUCUUAGAACAUACCUUCAAGCAUUUAGCCUCAAAACGACCACGCCACUUGGAGCUGCCUGAGGUCUACAUGUGGGAGAAACUCUACAAGAUAGAUAACAAGACACGCUCGAUGGAGGCGCGUCGUCGCUUCUUUGAGCUCGACACUAAUGUCUGGCGUCGCACAUUAGACCAGCAUGACCCGGAAUACGUGCCACGUGCUGUGAGGGUAGGUGGCCGCAAAAACCGAGAAGGCCGCUAUAAGAAAUACUACUAUCCAUAAAAACAUGUAAUUAUUUUAUUUUUAAAUUAUGUAGAAAACUAUUG